ACAGCGCGGCCAGCACGCCGGCGGCAUGUCUGUGGGCAGGAAGAACUGGUCGGCGCUGUCCAGCCUGGCCCGACAGCGGACUCUGGAAGAUGAGGAGGAGCAGGAGCGUGAACGCAGGCGGCGCCACCGCAACCUGAGCUCUACCACGGAGGAGGAGUCCCCCAGGUUCACCCAGAACGGAGAGCAGCGGGCAGCCGAGAGGCUGCCGAGUGUGGAGGAAGCAGAGGCGCCCCCGCCGCCACCCCCAGCCCCCAAGGACGAGGACGAGGACGUGCAGGCCAUCCUGAGGUCGCGGAAGGAGCGCAGGCAGAGGCAGAGGCAGCAGCCAGCGGAGGCUGCGCCCCAGGCCCCCGUCCAGGAGAGGCCGGAGGCCGAGGCAGGGAGGGACAGCGUGGACGCUGGGCGGGCCGCACAGCAGCCCCCGGUGCCCAGGAAGGAGCCGGAGCCCCCGCCUCGCCAGAGGCUGAGCCGGGAGCAGCGGGGGCUCUGGGCCCAGGGCGAGGAGGAGAGCUCGGCGGGGAAGAAGGAGGUUCUGGAAAAGACCCCUGCCUUGGAGAAGGCCCCUGUGCCGGAGGAGAAGACGUUAGCCCCGGAAAAGAGACUGGUCUCUGAGCAGAGCUCUGUCUCCGGGCAGCCGCCCGUGCCAGAGAAGAGCCCCCGGCCCGGGAAGAGCGCAGAGCCCCAGAAGAGGGGUGUCCAGGAGGUGCUCCUGGAAGAGAAGAGCGUCUCGGAGAAGGCCCCGGCCAGGCCAGCAGGCUCCGGCGGGAGGCGGGUGUUGGAGAGAGCCUCCAUCUUUGAGAAGCCGCUGCUCUCCGACAAGUCCCCGGCCACAGAGGCGAAGCCAGCCCCCAAGAGGGCAGCAGCGUCGGAGCAGGGAGCCCCCGCGGGGAGCCCGGCCACUGCCAAGGCGCCCGUCCCUCCGCCCGGGGCUUCCCGCCUGCCACCCAUCACCCUCCAGGUGAAGAUCCCCAGCAGGGAGGAAGAAGCAGAUGCAUCCUCGCCAUCCCAGCUCACCUACAGCAGCUCCCUCAAACGCUCCAGCCCCAGGACCAUCUCCUUUCGGAUGAGCCCCAGGAAGGACAACUCGGAAACAACCUUGACCCGCAGUGCCAGCGUGAGGCUCCCGGCCAGCUCGGCCAGGCUGGGCGAGAAGCUGGAGAGAUACCACACGGCCAUACAGAGAUCCGAAUCCGUCAGGUCUUCCGGCUCUUCCCGGGCUGAGGUCUUUGUGGCUCCUGCGGGUGUCGCCAGCAAGCGCCACCUCUUUGAGAAGGAACUGGUGGGCCAGAGCCGGCCAGAGCCGGCCUCCAGCAGGAAGGAGAACUUGAGGCUCUCCGGGGUUGUGACGUCGAAGCUCAACCUGUGGAUCAGCCGGACCCAGGAGUCUGGAGAGCAGGACCCCCAGGAGGUGCGCAGAGAGGUGGCAGCCACCAAGAGGACUCAGCGGGGAAAGAAGCCAGAGGCUUCCUUGGAGGCUGAGGUGUGACAGCUCUGUGAAGAAAGGCUGCCAGUCUACGUCUCAGGGCCCCCCCGUCCUGCAGGCCCCGCCUCCCACAGCUGCACCCCAUUGCGCCCUGCCUUUGCUCCCUUCCUGCUUCUCGACCUGUUGGGACCCGCUUGGGCUACGAAUGUCAGCGACCCUUCCCAGCCCGGCCCCCGGGGCGGGGAGCAGGUGUGCCCUGGCCCCCUUCCCGUGGCACUGCAGGUCCUGGGACCCAGCGCCAGCCCCGGGCACAGCACAGGGCUCCAUCAGCAGCACUGUGGGGCCAGGGCGGGGCCUCGCUGCCCCUCCCACCUGCUCCCCGCGGGGCCUCCAGGUGCCCGGCUGAGGCAUGGACCCACCCAUCGCAGUCCCCGAGGGCUGCU